CCCUCCCAGCCUGCCCCGCGGCGGGGCAAGAUGGCGGCGCCCGCAGUUGGGGCCGUGCGCUGGGCUGCCCGGGCUGGGGCCGCCGCGGCGGGGCCGCUGCUCCUGGGCCCAGGUGGGGCGCGUUUCUGGGGCGGAGCGGGCCGGGCCGGGCCGGGCCGGGCUCGGGGCCGUGCGGUUGCCCCGGCAGCCUUGGCCCGCCGGCUGGCGAGCGGUGUCCUGCGGGCCGCUGCGCUCCCCACUCGCUGCAGCGGGAGCAGCUCCGCGCUGGGCAGCAUCCUGGGCAUCCCCGCCGAGCAGCCGAGUGACGCCCCGGGCCAGCACCCGCCGCCUGUUGCCACCGAUAAAAAGGAACAAGACCGCUUGUUAAAGCAUCGGCCUGACCAGCCCCAAAACCCCAAGGUUUUAAGAAUUGCCAUCAUUGGAGCGCCCAAUGCUGGGAAGUCCACGCUCUGUAAUCAGCUCUUGGGCAGAAAGGUUUUCCCUGUCUCUAAGAAAGUGCACACCACCCGAUGCAAAGCCCGGGGUGUUGUCACGUACGAGGACACACAGCUGAUCAUUCUGGACACACCUGGCCUCACUAAUCCCUUUAAAGUCAAAAGACAUAAAUUAGAUCAAGCCAUGCUGACAGACCCGUGGGACAGCAUGAAACAUGCAGAUUUAGUUCUGGUUUUGGUGGAUGUGUCAGAUCACUGGACGCGAAACUCUUUGAGCAGGGAGGUGCUGAAGUGUCUGUCUCAGUUUCCCCAGAUCCCCAGUGUCCUGGUUCUGAACAAGGUGGAUCUGCUAAAGAAUAAGUUUCUCCUGCUGGGACUAGUAACGGAGCUAACAGAGGGAAUUGUAAAUGGAAAGAAACUGGAUGGGAGAUCUGCAUUUGAACAUGAUUCCAGUUCUUCAGCAAAGUCCCCUCUUCAACUCACUCGGGCUUCUCCACCUGAGAACGGGUUCCCUGGGUCUCACUGUCUGCAAGAAACAGAUCGAGCCCAAGAAGGCUCUAGCAUGGACAGUAGCAGUGGUACGAGGGCUUCCGAGUCCAGUCUUGUCACAGAAGCAGCACAAGGGCCAAAGCACUAUGAACCCAGAGAUCUAAAAAACAUGAAAGGCUGGCCGUGUUUCCAGGAGAUCUUUAUGCUGGCAGCUCGCCGUGGUGAGGAAGUGGAUACGCUCAAGCGGUACCUCCUGAUGCAAGCCAAGCCAGGCCCCUGGGAGUUUCACAGCGGGGUGUUGACCAGCCAGUCACCUCAACAGAUCUGUGAUAAUAUCAUCAGGGAAAAGAUACUGGAGUACUUGCCACUGGAAGUGCCCUACGGCGUGAUUCAGGUGACGGAGAUGUGGGAGGAGGGACCGAGUGGGGAGCUCCUCAUCGUGCAGAACCUCUUGGUCCCGAGGAAUUCUCAUAAGCUGAUGUUGAUUGGAAGAGGAGGUAAGGUUAUCAGCAGGAUUGCUCAGGAGGCUGGCCAGGACCUGAUGAACGUUUUCCUGUGUGAUGUCCGCUUGAAGCUCAGGGUGGAUGUGAAGAGUUGAGCAGCUUGCACGUGUUUUAACAGCCCUUGAUCUCUCUGCUCUUGCAGAAAAACUGGUUCUGUUUUCCCCUGUGGGUAUCUUGCCACCCUUAUUCAAUACUGAAAAAGAGGACGAUGGAAUCAAUAUUGAGGGCUGAAGUAGAAUAUAUUAUUCUGUGGGAGAAUGGCCCAAACUGAAAUAAAAUCUUCAGACCUUA